UAGCAUUGGAACGUUAUUAUUUGAAUUCAGUGAACGCUUCGCUACCAUGCGGUUCACACGUUAAUUAAUUAUAUCUUGCAACUUGAAGACUUUCCCUUAAACGCAAUAUUAGUGCAUGGUCUUCGGCCUUCCUUAUUGUUAGCCAUAAUAAACUUAAGUGGAAGAAUACGUAGGAAUAAAAGUGCAGCAAAAUGAGUGAAGAACAGCAGAGUAAAGAUCUGGCUAUCCCAGAAAAAUCAGUGGACAAUGGGAAAGCUGCCGAGGUAACAGAUACGGAAGGGCAACAAAAGAAAUUGCCAUAUCCAAAAUCAAUCGCAUUCAUUGUCGGCAAUGAAUUUUGUGAACGUUUCAACUACUAUGGAAUGAGAACAAUUUUGGUCAUUUACUUGACCAGAAUUCUUCUCUACAGUCAGGAUACAGCCACCGUUAUCUACCACGUUUUCACAAUGUUAGUCUAUUUGUUCUGUAUCCUUGGUGCUUUCAUAUCGGACAGUUGGCUUGGGAAAUUCAGGACUAUAGUUUACCUUUCGAUAGUUUAUGUUAUUGGAAGCGUAGUUAUCUCACUAGGAGCCAUUGAACCACUCAACAUAGCGCCAGUUGCCAUGACGAUACUGGGUUUAUGCCUGAUUGCCCUUGGGUCUGGUGGUAUCAAACCCUGUGUAGCGUCCUUCGGUGGUGAUCAGUUCAAAUUGCCCGAGCAGGCUGCACAGAUGGCUACUUUCUUCUCAAUCUUUUACUUUUCCAUUAAUGCGGGUUCGUUGAUUUCAACAACUGUGACUCCUAUUCUUCGUCAGGACGUUCAUUGUUUCGACAACGAACAUUGUUAUCCUUUGGCUUUUGGCGUUCCAGCUGUUUUGAUGAUCAUCGCCAUUGUUGUCUUCAUUGUGGGUCGCCCAAUGUACGUUAAUAAACCCCCGGAAGGGAACACAUUUGCUCUAGUCGUUAAAGCUAUUUCCAAUGGUAUUGCUGGCAAGUGCACCCAAAGGAAGACUAAUCCGCAGGCACACUUCUUAGAUUACGCUGUGCCGAAAUACGGAAGACAAUUGGUGGAAGAUGUCAAAGUACUUCUCCGCGUACUUGUACUCUACAUUCCCAUCCCGAUUUUCUGGGCACUGUUCGAUCAACAAGGAUCACGAUGGACUUUCCAAGCUACAAUGAUGAACGGCAACUUGGGAUCCGUUGAGAUCAAACCUGAACAAAUGCAAUUGGCAAAUCCUCUAUUGAUUCUUGUACUGAUUCCAUGUUACGAGUAUGCUUUUUACCCUCUUUUGGCUAAAAUUGGUGUGAGCCGACCCUUGCAAAAAUUGACGAUUGGAGGCAUAUUGGCCGGUUUGGCGUUCGUUUUGUCUGCCCUUGUGGAACUCACCAUUGUGCCUACAUAUGGUACCUUGCCUUCAGACGGAUUGAGCCAGUUCCGUAUUUUCAAUGCAGUUCCAAAUUGUAAUUAUGCAAUUAAAACGAACAUCCCUCAUCAUGAGGAAUUUAAUUUGGAUUUCCUUGGAUACCACGAGGCUUUAACUGUGAACAUAGAAAAACAAAAGUCGUUCACCCUCAGCGCUACCGGAAAUGCUGGUUGCAAUCCGAUUUCCGAAAAUAUUGAACUGAAAAACCACGCUGCCAUUAGCUUCUACAUUACUGGCAAUGCGAAUUCACCAAAACUAGAGUCAUACCAAGAUGACCCCGAAAAAUCUGAACAAGGUUUUGCUAUGAUCCGUGUACUCGCCAAUUUGAACCAGAACGUGAAAAUUAUUUUCAAGCCCCAGAUUAAUAAAGAAAUCGAAGUGAACGGAACCAGUUUAGCGGAGUUACAGCAGGCCGAGUACGACCUUAUGUUCGGCGAUGUCAAAAUUUGGCACCACUAUGCUAAACCAGGCGAUGUUAUUACAAUUGUUGCCGCACAAACGGGCUCGGCCAAUUAUGAAUUCAAGGAACACCGCAUAGCUCCGGAGAAUUCUGUCAAUAUAUUCUGGCAAAUUCCACAAUAUUUCGUGCUAACUCUUGGAGAAGUUAUGUUUUCGGUUACUGGUCUGGAGUUCUCAUACUCUCAGGCUCCACUCAGUAUGAAGGCCGUGUUGCAGGCUUGCUGGCAGUUGACAAUUGCAAUUGGUAACCUCAUUGUGGUUAUCAUUGCUGAAAUUGAAAUCUUUGAAAACCAAGCUUAUGAAUAUUUCCUGUUUGCUGGGCUCAUGUUUAUCGACAUGAUGCUGUUUAUGUUGUUGGCGAUGAGGUACAAGUCCCAUGAUCCAAAUAAGCCUUUGGACAGCCUAGAACCACCAACUGAAGAAGAAGAGUCUGGCAAAAAGGGAAUAAUAAAUCCUACCUUCCAUGAAGACUAGUUAUUUGUUACUUUAAGUUAGAUUCUAAAGUUGUUAAAUAAUGAAUAAAUAAAAUAUUUCAUGUCAUUUUUC